AUGACUUCUAUCGGCAGGUUGUUCACGUACCAGCAAGCUACACCUAUUUGCCAGAGAUUUCCAGCCAAGCUGCUCACAUCUGCUGCCAAGACAGCUCGCUGUACAGGCUCGCUGUACCCACUAGGCACGGAUGCAUGGGUUUCUACCCCCGGGCCUGGCCCAAAAUCAGAUACGACCGGGAGCCAGUCACAGCUCAAAACGGCACAGCUCCAGGUGGUUUGUGAAGUGGCUUGCGCUCGCAAAGCUUCAGAUGAAAUCGCCAGCAUAUCAGUAGCUGGAAUGGUUACAUGUAACACGGGACACGAGUAUCUUCCUGCUCAGCCGGUUUGCAACGGGACGAACACUAUCAAGCAGUGUACACCCGUGAAAUGCAAGGUGCCGGUGAUUUUAAAUGGCCAGCCACACACAGGUAGUGUCCAGUACACCCACAGUGUUACAUACACCUGUAACCAUGGAUACGAACUGAAAGGACCGGCGCAACCAACUUGUCUUGCGGACAGGAGCUUGAGCUCCAAUCCCUCUUGUCCACUCCUACCCAAGUACUGCCCACCGUUCCAUCUCCAAAACUUAUCCAGCACCGUCCCGGCAUCCACUUCCAACUCAUUGGGCUCGGACGCCAUCGUAGUCUGUGAACCAGGCUUUCAAGUGAGACUGGGCCUCUCUCAGAACACCAGUUACCAUUGUUCAGUUGUCAAUGCCAAUGUCGGAAAGUGGAAUGGCGACGCUAGCUGCACUCCCGUCAACUGCACGUCCCCGAAGAUUCAGAAUGGUGUUCGGGACAGGAGUGUGCUAGCUUACACACAGAGUGUGCUAUACUCAUGCGACCCUGGAUAUACACUGAAAGGAAUUGAGCGGCCAACUUGCCGUGCCGAUAAGACCUUGAGCUCCGUGCCCAUAUGUGAACUCACACCGAAAUACUGCCCGCAAUUCAGUCGCCUGAACGUAGCCAGCACGGACAAAUCAGCCGAGUUGAACAAACUGGGCGAGACAAUCACUCUGACCUGUAAUUCAGGAUACGAAGUUCGUCUGGGCUCAUCUGCAACGGCCAGUUAUCGUUGUGCUGUUCAUAAUGCGUCCAUCGGUCGAUGGGACGGUGAUGCUUCCUGCAUUUCUGUGACAUGCAUCGUACCAUCAGUUGCUAAUGGUGUAAGUACAAAUAAAUCUAUAUUAUAUCUCGAAACGGUGAAAUUCACAUGCAACAAUGGGUAUCAGUUGAAAGGAGACGCGAUGACUAGCUGCGGUGCGGACCGAAACUUGACCAAAGUGCCCACCUGUGAACUCCAACCCAACUACUGUCCGAAAUUCAGUCUGGGUAAACUUGCUGCUAUCGUCCCUUCAACCAACUCCAAUAAACUGGGUGAGACUGUCACUGUGACCUGCCAACCAGGAUAUGAGGUUGGCUUUGGGACAAGCAAGAAAAACACCUACAUCUGCACACUGAAGGGUGCUACCAGCGGAGUGUGGGUUGGUGAUGCCAGAUGCCAACCUGUCACAUGUUCAGUGCCCAUGGUUACUAAUGGUCGAAGUUCAUCGGCAUCUGUACUCUAUCCCGGUACUGUCACAUUCUCAUGUGACCAUGGAUACACGUUGGUGGGGUCAGCAACAUCAACCUGUACUGUCCACCGAAACCUGAAUACACUACCCUACUGUCAACUCCGGCAUGGCUUCUGUCCGCCGUUCUCCCUCCCCCACGUCGCUAGCAGUGUCUUGUCCAGCGCGGGCAACAAACUCAAUGAAAUUGUUACUGUUAGUUGUGAGCCAGGCUACAAAGUCCAUAAUCCAACGGGCAGCAGCAGCAGCAGCACAAGCAGUCGAAACAAUUAUGUGUGUACCGAGAACAACGGUGCUGGGACUUGGGCUGGUGAUGCUCUGUGCGUGCCUGUAACCUGCCCGGUGAGUUCAAUUGGAAAUGGCUAUAGAACCAAUAAAUCUGUCCUGUAUCCGAACACGGUGACAUACAGAUGUAACACGGGAUACUGGUUGCUGGGAAACUCAACGCCAAGCUGUCAAGCCGAUCGCACUUUGAGUUCAGUACCCGCUUGUCGAUUGGUCAAUUGUAGCAUACCAGCUAUUGCAAAUGGCACUGCUGAUCAUCACAACAUUCUGUAUGAAAAGAGCGUCACUUACACCUGCAGUGCCGGGUAUUGGAUGCUCGGUGUUGGCACACAGAACUGCACUGCUACGGGAGAGCUGACCGGACUGCCUGAAUGCAUAGAGGAUCACCAGUUGGAGGGGCAUCGCUACUGCUCCGCGGCGAAUGCCAUUAUCAAGCAAACUCCGACGGGUGUGGAAUUCAACUACACCACCGCUCUGCUGGUUUGCAUCAGAAAUCAGGGCAACCUGCUUAGCUCCGCUGUGAAGACCGGUCAUUGCAUCACGGAUGUAGACUGCUGGGUGACAGGAGCCGUAACCAGCACUACAGCUAAUUCUACACUCAACAUGAACCAGGAUAAGUCUACAGCUCUACCAGUACUUUGUGAAUACCCUUGCAAGCGCACCACCAGUGAUCAGAUUUCCAGCAUCACCGACGCCGGCACUGUAGUAUGUCGUACUGGUUAUGAAUAUCUGCCUCCUCAGCCGGUCUGCAACGGAAACUCACAAGUCCAGCGCUGUACAAUUGUCAACUGCACUGUUCCACCGGUUACAAAUGGCGUACGUCAAGCAACAGUUAUUGUCCAAUACGGUGAUCAUGUCAACUUCUCCUGUAAGAUUGGAUAUCGACUGGUUGGAAACGCUAGUCAAACUUGCAUGCCGAAUGCAAAGCUGGGGGCAACACCAGAGUGUCGAAUCAAGACUUGUGAUUUGCCGACCGGACAUUUUGAUAACAAAGUGCCGUUCAUCGACUAUCUUCAAGUUGUGACACUGUCCUGCAAGACAGGUUAUUGGAUGCUGGGCGACGCCACACAAAACUGUACAGCCCAGGGAAACCUGACUGGUGUACCGAAAUGUUUGCAGGAUGAACAGCUGACUGGACAUCACUACUGCUCCGCAGCUAACGCAACAAUCAGUCAGAACCCGACUACCUACAAUUACGACACUGCACUACUAGCGUGCCAGAGAAAGCAAGGCAAACUGCUUUCCAGUGUUGCGUUCCGGAGUGGUUGUACGGCACACGUCCCAACAACAGAACCUGCGUGGACCUUUGAUGUCUCUGGCAGCCACAGAAGUGUCCUGGCUACUGAUUCAAACAAAUAUUCCAAAGUCAACAAUCUCAAGGUUCUUUGCGAAUUCCCCUGCUAUCGCAACACAUCUGUUGAAGAUUACAUUGAGAGUGUGAUGACGGAUGGGUCGGUUGUCUGUCUUCUUGGGUAUGAGUACGUGCAUACCCAACCCGUUUGCAAAGGAACAUCACAGAUACACGAAUGCACUGUAAUCCACUGCAAGGUUCCAGCCCUAAGUGAAGGCACCAGCAAUCUGACAGUAAUCCGCUACCUGGAAUCCGUCAACUUCUCCUGUCACACUGGGUUUGGCCUGGCGGGCAAUGCAACGCAGACGUGUACUGCUAAUGGAACUCUCAGCUCCAUGCCAUCCUGUCUUAAUCUUGAUGAAUGUUCCACUGACGGCCAUGAUUGUCAUGUUAACGCUCUGUGCACCGACAACAAGGGCUCGUACACAUGCGAGUGCAACACUACCUUUACGGGCAAUGGAACGUACUGCGAACAAAUUGAUGAAUGCACAACGGGUGUGGACGACUGUCAUGCCAAGGCCCACUGUACAAACACGGAUGUCUCUUACACAUGUCAAUGUUACACUGGAUACCAGGGUAGUGGAGUGCAAUGCUACAACAUUGAUGAGUGUGAUAGUGGAAAACAUGAUUGUGACAGUAACUCAACCUGUGUGGACACAGCAGGGUCGUUUGAAUGUCUCUGUAACCUUGGCUUUACCGGCAAUGGAACCGCCUGCAAGAACGUUGACGAGUGUGCAGGCAAAGUGUCUCCGUGUCACAAGAACGCCGCCUGUACAGACAGCGUUGGCUCACAUGAAUGCACAUGCAAUACAGCUUACCAGGGUAACGGAAUGACUUGCUCGCUUGCGCUGGAUUUCUGCCCAAAAUUCACCCUGGCUAAUCUUGCGCACACUGUGGCAUCCAGCACAGGCAACAGGCUGGGCGAUAAUGUCACCGUGGUGUGCCAAACUGGAUACGCUGUUCAACUGGGAACAUCCUUCACUCUGGACAACUAUAUAUGUAGUAAUAACCACAGCAAAGGGACAUGGAUUGGGGACGCUACUUGCGAGGGACUUCGGGCUAGUGACACCACCACUGGCAGCUCAACAUUCUUAACAAUAUCAGUCAGCAUUCUGGGAUUCGGUAUUGUGGUUCUUGCCGUGGCAUUUGCUCACCAUCGCGAUCGGCUUCCGACGAGAAAGCCCCGAAUCAAGAGCCAGAAAUCCGGAAUAUUGUCAUUGGUGGACAGUAAUGUACCAUGUGCUGGUGCUGGUGGCAAAUCUGACUUGAUGGAUGACGAUGAUGGCAACUACCAGACAUUGGAAGGACUACAGCGUAACGCACCGGCCAGAAGCAGCACUUUCCUGAGCCUCUCGGGGGCUGGAGGGGCAUCGUUACCGACGCCGCAGGAUCAGAAUCAAAACUCCUCCUAUUACAACUUAAAGAAGAAGGGCCGCGGCUCGGGCAAGAGCACAGGCAAGAAUGGGCAGCCCCCAACCAUCGUCAACAGCCCUUACUACAAUCUUAAACUGAAGGGCGGAGUAAACUAUGAUACGCCGGGCGGCAAGUCAGAAGACAUUUACCUCGAUGAUACGGACCUGUACGAAGAGAGCGUCGUGAAUGUGACUUCGUCUGGGCUGUACGAAGUCGAGGACAACUCAUUCUUCACGAGAGGUACUCGAGCACCCGACCUAGUUACCCCGGAUAACGGCAUGAAUUUUGAAGCUGGCAUGACCUGCACUACAAUGCCAUACCUGGGCAGUUUACACAGCAAUGACGCGUCAGAGUUUGACAGUGACACCUUGUAUGGAAAUAAUGACUCUCCCAAUCCAUCUCAGCCAAACAGCGUUGACAUAUAUGGUAACAGUGCUUCACCGAGGGGCUCGAUCAUGGCGGAUAGUAUGUCCGGUGUUCUUAGCAUGGGAAUUCGAAACAAUCCAGGCAUGCAAUCUGCUACUGAUUCUAUCUAUGGAAACGACGCCUCGCCCUGUGGCUCACGCAGGAACAGCAAUGAAUUAUCUCCUAACACCUCGCGCAGUGGAAAUAUGUUUGGUGGAAAUGUCGGUCUAGCAGGCAUUGCCAAUGCUUUCCAACUCGGCCAAUCUCAGGCCAACAAGUCUUUGCAGAUGGGAUCUUGCAACGACUCCAUUUACGGCAAUGACGCCUCACCCGGUGGAUCUCGCCGCUGCAGCAUGGAGAUAUACGGAAAUGCGGCGUCUCCGAGAGAGUCAUGCCAUGACAUCAGCCACAGGGGCAACAUAGGUAAGCUCGCCAAGACGUCAGAACUGACAUCAUCGACUGAACACACCAACACACGACCUGCAACCGUAGGCGGCAAGCCAGUCGCCCAACCUUCGUGCAGCAACGCUAGCCAGUAUAGCCAGACAUUGAGGCAUCAGAGCCAGAUGGCCACCUCAGCUUCCAGAGUGGAGAGUCGCAGAGGCUCUGGCGAUGAGUCGAUCUAUGGGAAUGACUUCACCCCCUUCGGCUCGCGUCGCAACAGCAGGGAGAGAGGCGGAGACGGAACAUCACCACAGAGCACAUUUACCAUUACCACACUGGAUAAGUCGAAUGUGAUAACAACGGAAGCUCACGGCCAGCAGCCGUCGAGCAAUCUCGAUGCAGCUGUUGCACUACAAAUGAACCAGAUGUUAGCGCUGGGAACAGGGGACCGCAGAGGAUCAAACCAGGAGUCUAUCUACGGAAAUGAAGCCUCUCCAAACAGCUCCCGGCGAAAUAGCGGGGCCGUGAUCGCCACCAGCCUAAGUUCCGGUGGUAGCUCUAUUGGCCUUAGUAUGUCGCAGGUGAAAACAUUGGGAUUACUGGGCCAGUCGCCUGGUAAUCUGAUGACAGGGGACCGCAGAGUUUCGAAUAAUGAGUCUAUAUAUGGAAAUGAAGCCUCUCCAAAUAGCUCUCGACGAAACAGCGUGGACAAAAAUGUGUGUACUAGCGAAGAUGACUAUGAAAUAGGAUACCAGGUCAGAAACUCGACAAUAAUUGAGCCCAUCGGAGAAGAUGAUUAUGAAAUCGGGAUCCGACCCACAAACCCUGCAUCACUUCAGGUUACUGAAGACGACUAUGAACUCAAUUACUCCCCAAAUUCCAUUGCGCCAACUGAAGAAGAUGAGUACGAAAUUGGAUACCAAGAGGCUCCCUCAAUGGCCAAUGCACCGUCUUCUCCGCGCCCUGUGAUGUCGAAACCACAGGUGCCCUCUUCUGCCCGGCCGAGCCCGUCAAAAACCAAAUCGGCCAUCCCUGGAUGGUUUUCAAAAGCCAAGUCACAAGUUCCUUCAUUCGCACGGCCCGACUCACCGAAAACUCAAGUACCCGGCAGACCAAAGGCGGGUCCUGGUGGCUCAAAACCCCAAUUGCCAACAACGGCACGACCAGGUGCAGCAGCCAAGGCUAAGCCGCACAUACCUGCUGCCAGAGGCGCUAUGCUAAUGGCAGGCAAAGGAACAUCCGUUGCAGUGGCUGAACACAAGCAGCAGCAGCAGUCGGCAGGCCUCGAAAUGAACAGUUCCAAUGCUGGUGACGAUAUCUAUGGUGCAAUUGAAUAG